UUCCUAAGCUGAACGGGGUAGUUUGGGUAAUUCACAAAAACAAAUACAAAACCUAGGUUUUUCGCCCUAUAAAAUGAUCAUCAGCUGCCGAUUCUUCCUAUCGCUCUCCGUUCCCAACACUUGUGGCCACCAAGCUAAAGAGCCCAAGCAGGAAAGGAGGAUAGCGAUGGCGACGGUACCUGGUCAGUUGAUAUGGGAGAUAGUGAAGAAGAACAACUCAUUUUUGGUGAAACAGUUCGGCAGAGGAUCCGCUAGCGUUCAGUUUAGCAAGGAGUCUAACAAUCUCUACAAUCUCAACUCCUUCAAGCACUCUGGGUUGGCAAAUAAGAAAACAAUCACCAUUCAGCCAGGAAAAGACCAAUCUGUGGUUCUUGCUACAACUAAGACCAAGAAACAGAACAAACCUGUGGCUUUGCUUCAUAAGUCUGUCAUGAAGAAGGAGUUCCGCCGGAUGGCCAAGGCUGUGAAAAAUCAGGUUGGGGAUAACUAUUACAGACCUGAUUUAAAGAAUGCAGCUCUUGCAAGGUUAAGUGUUGUGCAUAGGAGUCUGAAGGUUGCUAAAUCUGGCGUCAAGAAGAGAAAUAGACAAGCUCAAAAGACCAGUGCUAGGAAGUGAAUAGUGAGUUGAGAAGGAAAGAUAUUCUCUGUUACUUCUCAACUUUAAUUGACAAGUGGAAAAUUCCCGAAUCCUGUUUUUGUUUUGUUUGUAUGUUGAUUUAUGUUAGAUGCUGAACUAUAGGGCUUGUUAUUUUUCCUGGUUAAUUUUGUGUUGUGAUAUUUUAUAUCAAGUUUUGGGUAUUAAUGCAGUCUUUUCUUCUUAUA